GUCAGUGUUGUUUAUUUGUUUAAAGCCAAAUAUAAACAGGAAAGGAAUGAAAUCAUUUCCAGCCUCCAGCUGUCCAGGAAAAUACCUGUUUAUAAAUAAAAACGGAGAAAGGAGAUGUCCCCAUCUUGCAACCUCAGCUGUCAGUGUCAGGGGCCCUGGGGCUCAGGGCUCCUCACCCUCCAUUCCUGGGCCAGCAGCUUUCCAUACAAUGUGGAAUUUUGCCCAGCCGAGGAGGAGGAGGGCAGGAGGUGGGAAAUACACACAGCACUCUGUCCCUGCUGACAGUCCCCGUGUCCCCCACGGGGGAAGAGCUAGCAGGGAGGCAGGCAGGGCCCUCAGAGCUGGGAUAUCCCUGGAGAUGCCCAGAGUGGCUCAGGACAGUACCUGGAGCCAGCUGGUGUGCAGGUGGAGGUGGCCUGGAAGGGACCAGGAGAUCCCAGGGACCCUUCUCCAGCCCAGAGCAGCCCUUUCCUCCUCUCAUCCUCCUGCCCCAGAGGUCACAGCUCUCCCUGGCCCCAGGCAGGGCUGGCUGGUCUGGAUGCUCCUGGGGCUCGGUUUUCCUGCAAAGAUUGGAGACAAGCUACCAUGGUUUGUCAGAGGUCUCACUGCCUGCCCUCGGCUGUGUCAGGCUGCUCUGUGUCCCUCCGUGUCAGGAUGGCUCCAAAGGGGUUGGAAGAGCUUCCCAAAGGAUCCAGGAGCUGUCCCUUCCUGCCCCUUGGCUGCAGGAGGGCACCAGCAGCUCCUCAGCCUGGCCCGGAGCAGCAGCACACCCAGACCUCGGCCUCCAAGGGUGGAGAAACCUCCCGGGGAUGCUGCUGCCCCCAGGACAGUGCCUGGGAAUGGCACGGCCCGGGAAUGGCACUGUCCAGGAAUGGCACUGCCCGGAACUCCCCUGAGUGCCAGCACCCAGUGGCAAAGCCUGGAACCAGCCCUGGCUUUUCCUCACCACCCAGACAGUGAGCACUCCUCACUUCCUGCCCCUUCCCAGCCUCCUCUUCCCCCAUUCUGGAUUUUUCUCCUUCACCGCCUGGAUUUUCACAUGCCAGCACCGGGGCUGUUCUGUCCCCAGGAUGGGUGGCUGUGACAUGGCAAGGGAAGGGAGAGCAGGGCAUUAACUGCAGGGAAUUCACCCCCUGCUCCCAAGGACUGUGGCACUGCACAGGAGAGACCUGGUCUGGCUUUGCACCUGGUGGGAGAGAGGGGAGGCAAUUCCACCUUCUCCAGAAAGCCACACAGGGAGAGCUCCACACAGACAGGACAGUGUCAGCACCACCUUUAACACGGACACCACGGACCCAGACAUCACCACAGACACAAGGAGCUUUUGGGAUCCACUGCUGUCCCCUUGGGCAAAAGGUGACAGUGCUAGAAGGGGAGGGGCACAGGCAAACCCCAAAUGUCACCCCACCAUCCCACAGAGGUGUUCCCACAGUGCUGGACUGUGGAUGUGCAGCCUGUGGGAAGCCAGGUGCAUUCCAAGAGGCUGUUCCAGCAUGGACACAGAGCUGUCCUGGGGGCUUCCAGAUUUCCCUGGUCACCCUGGAUGUAUCCUGGGGGUUUCCAUCUCUCCUGGCUCCCCUGGAUGUAUCCUGGGGGUUUCCAUCUCUCCUGGCUCCCCUGGAUGUAUCCUGGGGGCUUCCAUCUCUCCUGGCUCCCCUGGAUGUAUGCUGGGGGUUUCCAGCUCUCCCUGGUCACCCUGGAUGCUGGGCUGAGGCCUCCCACAGCAGCAGGUGCUCACAGGGGAGUUUCUCCUCCCCAAGACCAAAGACUCCACCAGGGCAAGCAGCACUGGAGGCAGUGGGGACACCUGUCCCUCAUGGGAGACCAAGGGAACUCACUACUCCCUUUGGGUUUGUGUCAAACCCCAAAAUCUCACUUGGCCCCUGGGCUGAGGCUGUGUGGAAAACACACUGAAGCAGCCCAAUCUUUCCAAAUUUGGCACCUCCAUGGCUGUGUUGGUGCUCUGGGUGACCCAACACCCACAACCCAGGUGUGGAUGUGGGCAGCGCCAGAGCAGGCAGAGCUGCCUGAGGUCACAGUUCCUCCAAAAACUCCUGCCAGAGUUCCUCCAAAAAAUCCUGCCAGAUGAGGAUUUAGUUCCAGGGCUGCCCUGAGGACCCAACCCUUCUGCACCCCAGGCCACAGCACUCUGUGCUCCCACACUUCCUCCUGGGCCAGGCUCCUCUCAGGCUACGAGCACAGCGUGGCCCCAAGAGGGACAAAAAGGGCCCUGCUGGCUGCUCUGGACCCUGAAGCCCCCAGCAGCUUCAGGGUUGGCAAGCACUGGCCAGUUCUCAGGGAAAGUCUGGGUGCUUUCUGCUGGCUCCUGUGGCUCUUCUAUGGCACGGCUGCAGCGCAGGCAGCUCCUCGUGCUGAGGGCUCCUGUGAGCUCUGGAAUUCCCUGGGUGCACUGGAGGGAGGCCCAGGUGGCAACAGAAGGGAGUACAAAACUCCAGAACCUUGCUGGCAGCCGGGAAUGGGGAGCCCAAGCCCUGCUCUGCCCCUUCUCAGCCACCUUGGGACCCACCACCCCCAUUCCCAACCUUGCAUCCCUGCCAGGAAUCUUCUGGGAUCUGCUUUCACAAUGGGUUGGAGCUUUGGGGUCUACUCCAGCCCUCAAGAACAAGAGAUGGAAUUUCAGAUUCUUUGCCUGAGGAUUCCCUACCCUGCUUCAGCAUGGGAACUCCUCCUCCCUCCAGGUUCCUGUCAGGACAGACCUGGGAUAGUGAAGGUGUCCCUGCCCAUGGAACAAGAGGAGCUUUAAGGUCCUUUCCAGCCCAAACCAUUCUGGGAUUCUGACUCUUUAAAGACAGAGUGCUUGGAGCAGAGCCCCCUCAGCAUUCCUCACUCUCUCCCCACAGGCUGCUCCUUCUGGAGCCCCAGAUCCCUGCAGACCACCACCACCAAAGUGCUGGGCUCUCAGCAUUUAUUUCCACAGCAAACCAGUGCUCAGGGUUGCAGGAGGUGACAUGCAGGGCAGGCAUUGCUGGAGAGGAGGGCUGUGAUUCCAUGUGGAGAUACCUGUAGUGCGUGAGAGACUAAAGAGCAUCCACCUACCUCUACAGGGCCCUAAUUGUCAGCUCAGAGAGAAGAAUUACUGUGUUGCAAGUGGACAGUGACAGGAGACACGAGCUGCAGCUACUCUACACACAUUGCUUCAGAAACCACAAAGAUAUGCACAAACACUGUGUCACUCUGCACCCCACAGCCCCUGAGCCCAGAGGAAAACCUCUUCUGCAGUGCUUCUGUCUGGGCCUUUAAGUCAAGGUUAAAAGUCAUGUGCCUUGAGCUGCUAAAGCUCUUCCCUUGUAGGCAGCCAAGUCUGCGCCCCCCUAGAAUCAGUUUUCUUUUGGCAAGAAGGAAGAAGGCCUCAAGCUGCAGGAAUUAACAUCUUGCUUCCAUAAUGGUUUGGCUGACUCCAGGGAUGGCCAGGUUCCAGUCAUCACUCCACUGUAUUGCAUAAAUACCUAUUGGAAAAAAAUUUGGAGAUGGCAGCGAGCGGCAGCUCCGCAUCCAUCGAAGUCACUCAAGGUCCCACCAAACAUCCCCACGAGGCUCCAACUCCUCCUGGGAACACUCAUGGCUGUGCCACGGAUCCCACCUUGGACACACACAAUGGACAGACCGAAGAACAAGGUCAGGACAUGGGCUGGGUGUGUUCAGCAGGCAUGGAAAAGGGCCAGGAGCUCCUCCUCUGCUUUCGGAGUCUCUGCUGAUGGCGAGGUGGCCACCUGGCCCCGAGGUCAGCACUGCUCACCACCCCACGAGCCUCACUG